AAAAACAUAACACACAAACUAUGUCACUUCACAUAAAAUAUAAAGUAUUCAUUCACAUGGCAUGGUGUUCAUAUAAAAUGUUCUUUUUUAUAGCAAUAAUUUUUUUAACACAUAUUUUGCGAAUAACAGCAUCAAGUGAUAGUGAGAGUGAUUUAUUGAAAUAUAAAACAGAUUUGGAUCAAAUCGGUAACGACGUAGAAAAUUUUUUAUACGAUAUCUCAAAAGAUAUAUUAAAGAAAGCAGAUAAAUUUGUCGGUAUUGAUUAUGGUUCAGGAUAUGAAGACGACGUUGAAGAUGAAAGCGAAAAAGAAAAAAGCAAAAAUAAAAUUAACAAAGAGAAAAUUGAAGUUUUCACCACGCCAGCUACAGUAAAUGUUAUUGAAGACUACACUGAAGCAGAAAAUGAAAGAGAAAAAAGAUCAAUUUUGGAAGAUUACCCAUCCGGAAAUGUUUUGACUGUAGCUGAAACUCCUGACUGUAUAGAUAAGACAGAAAGUUUUGAUGAUCAAUCGCUCAAUGAAAUAAAACAAGAACUUAGAAAAUUAACAGAGCUUACAAUACUUCUCAAAGAUCAACAAAAAAUUCUGUCCGAGUUGAAUAAAGAAGGAAAUAAUGAUUUAUCUGAUGAAUAUAAUCCUCGAGAUCUUAUACAUUUGUUAAAAACUCUGGAAAAUGAUAGGAAAAGCAUAAAACCAAAAGCUGAAAAACAGAAAACCUUUGAUAAACUAAAAAUGGAAAUUCAAAAGGCAAUUUCAGCUCUUAAUGAAACAAAUGAUGAGAGGAAUAUACAGAAAGGAAGAGAAUUAGUCAUGGAAACACAAAUUAAACAACAAAAUGAAGAUAUUGUCGCAUUAAAAAUCCUUGUUAAACAGCUUUUAAAUCAAACUCAUAUUUCAGAUAAAGAGAAUAAUAAGACUACUGAUAAAAUAAAAGAUAUUGAAACUAAUGAUGAAAUAGUGGGAUUGCCUCUAUUUUUACCUCAAACAAUACCAAAAUUUAUACCGAAAGUAGAAAAUAAAAAACACCUGAGAAUCAACAAUACUGCUCAAGAGAGAAGUAAAGAAAGUAAUGUCGAAAAUACCGAAAAAUUGAAAAAAGAUUUUAAGAAAGUUGAAUUUACAACUAAGGAUAGACCGAUUGUAAACAAAGUAAAUAAUAAAACUGAAGAAAAGGAACCAAUAGAACCAAGAUCUAGUUCUGCCGAAAAAGAAAUUGUAAAAUUUCUUGAUGAAGUUAUAGAACCUCAUAAUUCAAACCUAGAAGAUAAAAUUAAAGAGCUUGAAGUCAAUUUGAGUGAAGAAAAUAAAGAAAAAUCACUCAAACAGCAACUCUCUAUUUUACGAAGGUUGAUGAAAAAAGAAAGAGACGAACCCUCAUCUAAAUCUCUAUUCGAGGACGACAGUGGUGAAGACGAAGAUAUCCAAUUUUUGAAAAGGUUGCAAAUUGCAAUGAGAGCUUUAGGUAAAGAAAGUAGUAAACCUGAACGAAAGCUAGAUGUUGGCAUUGAAACAAGACUACAACAAUUACAAACUGAAAUAGAAAAUCUAAAACCAAAAGAGGAGGUUACGAUUCCAAUUCAAAAAAAUAUUCCACAAAAUAAGGGUCUAUUAGAUGAGCUAAAGGAAGAUAAGCAGCCUUCACGUCUAUCGGCUGAUCAACUCAGGCAGCUAAGGAGCAAAAUAGACGAACUACUACAAAAGGAGAAAAGUGAUAACGAUCACAUUAUUCCAUCAAGCAAUCCUGGAAUAAACUUCUCACCUCAAAUGUACCCCAAUUUAGAUUCGAAAAGAGACUGGUUACCUUAUCCGUUAUGGAAUAGAGGACAGCAAUUUCUAAAUACGAUGGGUCCACCUUUUUUCGAUUACAGAUACCAGUCAAAUAAUCCAUAUUAUCCAUACUCGGAAUUUCCACAACCACCUCUUGAUGGGUUUAAACCAAUGGGAAUCGAACCAAUACCCGCGGAGACUCCAAAAUUAAUAGAACCAUCCGUCGCAGAUUUUAGAAACCAGUUUUUUCCAGUCCCCCAGACAUUUCCUGCGAGAGAUAUUAGAGAAUUUGGUUAUUAUCCGGAAGAACCUGCAGGAUAUGGCCUACCACCACCUGGACACUAUCAGACAGAAGUUAAUUAUAAUGAUUUGAAAAAAAGUAUGAGUAUCAACGAUUUGAAAUCAGAAAUACUCAAUUUAGAGAGUCUUUUGUCUACCAUGAAUACGCCCAAUUACAACGAAAAAUAUGGUGAUAAAGUAGAACUGGAACAAUUACAACAACAAGUAAAAGGUUUAAAAGUUAUUAUCAACUCCAUAACUGAUGAUAUAACACCGAAUCAGAUGUAUCCUCAACAUUCGCCAACUAAUAAGAAUUAUCGUUCUACAAGAUCUAUCGAUUCCACGACACAAAAAGUAUCAUCGAAUACGCAAGUCGACGAUAGCGUCACUUCGAAAUUGAGGCAGUAUUUUCUGGAAGAAGAUAAGAAAGCAAGAUCAGCUCAUUAUAAUGAACUCAAAGAUAGAUUGAGCAAAAUCAAAUAUCAGUUAGAAGAAACAGCUUCCAAAAGUCCUAAACGGAUAGAAUAUUGGCCGUUUGAAAAGUAUCAAGACACAUUGAAAUAUCCCACAUUUAUUAAUGAAGAAACCCGUACCGUUCCCUUCCAUACUUCUGAUCUUGAAAAUUUUGAAAAAGAAGAUAUUAUUACAAACAUCAUUGUUAAAAUUGUAGGGAAAAUUGUGGCAGCGAUACCACAGAUUCUUGGCAAACUGUUCGGUGUCGGUAUUCACAGUUUAUUUGCAAACGCAGAUAAAUCUCAUGGGAAUGAUUAUGGGUAUACUUACGAUAAUAAUUACAGUGUAUCUAAUGAUAACUAUAACCUACAAUCAGUAUUUUCUAAAUUGGGCAUUUUUGGUUAUAUUCCAAUAGUAUUACUGAAUAUUAUAAAUGCCGUAACAACUUUUUGUAAAUUAAUAAGGAAAAACCAAUUUUUCACAAAUUUCAUAGUCCCUACUCUCGUCUUGCUUCUUGUAGCAGGUGGUGUUGUAUUUUUAAUAUGGUGGCUACAACCUGACGUUGAUUCCAAUAAUGCGAAACAAAUUGAUUCCAUCGAUAAAUACGCAACAAGUUCAACCAAUUAUUUGUAUGACAAUUACGAAAGAUAUAGUGGUAACAAUAAUCAUAGAAAGUACUACAAUUCAUACAGCUAUUAUCGUACACCUUGGCAUGAAACUUAUUUGAGAAAUGUUGAUGGCAGAAAUACUAACUUGUUAAAUGGAGCUUACUAUAGAAGUUAUUUUGAUGAUGGUUCAAAACGAGUUUGAAUAAAUUACCAAUAUAAAUAAUAUUUGCAAUGUGUUGUUGGGGUAUUUGGUCAGGAACAGUAAUAAUAGAAACAUCUUCACAUACAAAAAUCACUGGGUGUUUAUUACGUUAACAUAGAACAUAGUACAACAACAUGUGUUUUCAUUGCUGCUGCAUGAAAGUGAACACGAUCUGUAUUUGUUUCUAAACACGUACUGUUUUUAAAUUCCUUCGAGUAAUUUUAAUAAUUUAAAACGUAAAUCUUAUUACGACCUUUUCGAGUUACGUUAGUUCCUUUAAUAAUAAUAAUAUCUAAAUUAUUUCAUGAAAUUGUUAAAUUACUUAUCAAUUUUGUAAUUAAUUAAAAAUAGAUAUAUAUAAUCAGAUAUGGAUUCGGUACAGUAGGUUUGUAAAUAUAAUAAGUUUUGGAAUA